AUGAUCGAAGCUUGCAUCAUGGAAAGGAUCGACAUCGAGGAACGCUGCCGCAAGCUGAAAUCCUUUCUUCGAGAGCAUCAACCGAAGGAAGAAGGUUCCCUUAACGAGACGACAGGUUUGGCAUCAUCUACGCUUGCGUUUGGUCGACCUCACGCGCCAAACCUACGCCUGCCAAAAAUUGAGCUGCCAACGUUCGAUGGAGACCACACAAAAUGGCUCUCGUUCCGUGAUCGGUUUAUAGCCAUGAUCGACGCUUCUGCCGAGCUACCGUCUAUCGCCAAACUGCAAUACCUGCUUUCUUCGCUCAAGGGGGAUGCAGCAUUACCCUUCGAACACACACCUCUAACGGCAGACAAUUAUUCAGUGACGUGGGCAGCACUUUUAAAACGGUACGAUAAUUCUCGUCUGCUAAUACGUGAGUAUUAUCGUAAAUUGCACUAUCUUCCCGGAGUGCAAUCGGUGUGCGUGGACAAGCUAACCCACUUGGUGGAUGAGUUCACCCGUUUCGUCAACGGACUGGUGAAGCUCAAGGAACCGGUCGAUUCAUGGGACACACCACUAUCCAACAUGCUCCUCAUGAAACUGGAUCGUGAAACGUUAUUAGCUAGGGAAAAACACUCCGUGCACUUCACCAAGGAUAAGUACAAGGAUAAGAUUGCGUUCGUGCAAGAUAGAAUCCAGAUCCUUAAAUCGACCAACAACUUUGUGAGUGAUCAAAGCGCUAGUGGCAUUAAGGUGGCCGGCAUUCAUCGUCACGCAGUGCAACGGAGGUUCGUCGAAAAUGCAGCUGCAUCGUGCCCUACUCCUGCUGUUUCAUCUGGUUCGAUUCAGCAGCCCAAGUGUCCGUUAGAGUGCGCAGAAGAUCAUCCAUUACGCAGCUGUCCAGUUUUCAUCGGCAAGGAGGUUUAG